AGCCCAAACCUGUCGGGCAGGUUUGGAGAGCGGAGAGCGGCGGGACGGAGAAGGGCGAAGGAUGCGCGGCCUGCCCCGCGCGCCGCUGGCACUCUCGGCUCCCUGAACCCCGUCCGCCCACCCGCAGCCUACCGGCCGACCCCAUGGUGCGCGCGCCCGACCUCCUGGCGGCCCUCCUGGGCCUGGGCCUGGGGGUGGUCCUGACCCUCCCGGGGGCGGGCGCGGCGGGCUGCAGGGCGCUCGGCCCCGCGGAGCGCCUGGCUUUCGCCCCGGCGGCCAGGGCCCGCUGGCUGGCCCCUCGCGCCCGCGCCCCGGGCCCCCUGGACUCCCUGUACGGCACCGUGCGCAGCUUCCUCUCCGUGGUGCAGCUCAACCCCUUCCCCGCGGAGCUCAUAAAGACCCUGCUGAAUGAGCCGGCCUCUGUGAAGGUGGAUGAGGUGUUGCGGUACCAGGCGGGCUACGUGGUGUGCGCCGUGAUCGCCGGCCUCUACCUGCUGGCGAUGCCCACCGCCGGGCUCUGCUUCUGCUGUUUGCGCUGCCGCCGGCGCUGCGGGGGUCGAGUGAAGAUGGAGCACAAGACGAUGGCCUGCGAGCGUGGUGUCCUCAUGACCUUCCUGCUGCUGACCACCCUCGUGCUGCUGAUCGGUGUGGUCACUGCCUUUGUCACCAACCAGCACAUGCACAAGCAGAUGGGCCCCAGUGCCGCGGCUGUGCCGGAGGCUCUGCUCAGCCUCCGGGGCCUGGUUUCCGAGGUCCCCCAGGAGCUGCAGGCUGUGGCAGAGCAGUUUUCCCUUCCUCAGGAGCAAGUCUUGGAGGAACUGAAUGGUGUCGGCAGCAGCAUCGGGAAGGCGAUGCACUCCCAGCUCAAGAGCACCGUGUAUGAGGCGCUGGCCUCAGUGCUCAGCCUGGGCCAGGCCCUGCAGGUCUCCGUGGACCACCUCCGAGGCCUGAACACCACCUCUGCGGAGCUGCAGGAGGGGCAGGACGCCCUGGCGCCGGCUCUCCACGGGCACCGGCAGCGCCUCCUGGCACUCCUGCAGGAGCCCCACUGCCAGGGCUGCGCAGGGGCCCUGAACAAAAGCCACACCCUGGAGCUGGGAGCAGACUUCAGCCAGGUGCCCUCCGUGGGCCAUGUCCUACAUCGGCUGAAAGACGUCCCAGAGGCCAACUUCUACAGCAUGGUCUGGGAGGAGAACACCACCUUCAACGCCCUCCCAAUCCUGGCUGCCUUGCAGACGGCUGACAUGGUCAGAGAGCUGAAGAAGGUGGUAGCUGAGCAGCCCAGAGGGCUAAACACAAUGGGAGAAGCGUUCCCAGUCUGGGAGGCAGCUUCUCGCUGGAGCCAGGCCCUGGAAGAGGUCGAAGAGAGCAGCCGCCCCUUCCUGGAGGAAGUGCAGAGAUAUGAGAGAUACAGGUGGAUUGCUGGUUGCGUGCUAUGCUCGGUGAUCCUGCUCGUGGUGGUCUGUAACCUGCUGGGCCUCAAUCUGGGCAUCUGGGGGCUAUCUGCCAGAGAGGACCCCAGCCACUCGGAAGCCAAGGGUGAAGCCGGAGCCCGCUUCCUCAUGGUGGGCGUGGGCUUCAGCUUCCUCUUGGCUGUGCCCCUCAUCCUCCUCGUCUUCUCCACCUUCUUGGUGGGCGGCAACGUGCAGACGCUGGUGUGCCAGAGCUGGGAGAGCGGAGAGCUGUACGAGUUUGUAGACACUCCAGGGAACUUGCCACCGUCCAUGAACUUGUCUCAACUUCUUGGCCUGAAGAGGAACCUCAGCAUCCUCCUGGCCUAUGAGCAGUGCAAGCAAGGGGCCGCACUCUGGACUGUCCUGCAGCUCAAUGACUCCUAUGACCUGGAGAAGCACCUGGAUAUCAGCCAGUACACCGUCAAACUGCAGCAAGAGUUGCAGAAGCUCAAAGUGGACGUGCAGAAUCUGGACCUGCUGAGCCCCGCCGCCCGCCGGGACCUGGAGGCCCUGCAGAGCAGUGGGCUCGAGGACAUCCACUACCCUGGCUUCCUUGUCGAGAUCCAGAAGCCAGUGGUGAAUAGCGACCUGGAGAAGCUGGCCCAGGAGCUGGAGGGACUGUCGCAGACCCAAGGCAAUGCUACGCUGGGGCAGAAGCUGCAGGAGGAGGCCCGAGGGCUCCAACACCUCCAUCAGGAGAAGGUCCUCCCGCAGCAGAACCUUGUGGCUAAACUCAACCUCAGUGUCCAGGCACUGGCAUCCUCUGCCCCACAUCUCCAGUCAGAGAUCAUAGGUGUCCUGGACAGAGUCACUUACCUGAAAGGCGAGCUGCCAACCCGGGCCACCCAUAUCCUGAGGAAUGAAAGUGAGUGUUUCCUGAUGCGGGAAAUGAGCUACUUCUCCCAGUACACGGCCUGGGUGAGAGAGGAGGUGACUCAGCGCAUUGCCACCUGCCAGCCCCUCUCCGGAGCCCUGGACAAUGGCCGUGUGAUCCUGUGUGACAUGGUGGCUGACCCCUGGAACGCCUUCUGGUUCUGCCUGGGGUGGUGCACCUUCUUCCUGAUCCCCAGCAUCGUCUUUGCUGUCAAGACCUCCAAGUACUUCCGUCCCAUUCGGAAACGCCUCAGCUCCACCAGCUCCGAGGAGACACAGCUCUUCCACAUCCCCCGGGUCACCUCCCUGAAGCUCUAGGACCUCAGUGACACAGAUAUGGCUGCAGGGUGAUGCACAGGGCUGCCUGCCUCCGCACUGACCUGGCUGGGACCAGAGGACUUCUGUCACUUUUGUUGCCAGAGCCCAGGCUGGCAUCCAGGCCUGGGUUGUCCCCUGUCUCCAGUUACCAGACACCCUCUUGCUAAUCCCUUUGCACCCCACUUUCUGCUCAUGACCCCUUCAUUCAUUCAUUCUCAAAAACACACUUAGCUUCUUUUGAACUUCAGAGCCAACAGAAUCCCCCAGGUGUCUCCCUUCUCCUCCUCCCUGCAGUAUACCAGCACCAGGAAGAGCCUGUUCUCCACCUAGAGGAACUGCCCCCCCGCCUCAGUCCCUGGUGGGGACAGAGACCCUGCCCAACCCCGUGCUGUCCCAUGUCCCUUCCAAGCUCCUUGCUCACUUCCCUCCUCUCCUCUGGCCCCCCACUUGCCCUCUUUGCUCUGUUCCCUCCCUGGCCCUCACUUCCUUCCCUUGGGAAGCUCUUUCCUCCUGUGUCCCCUCUUUACCAUAUCCCACUACCUGCUGACCCCGAGACCCCUCCUGCCCAACCACACUGAUCAGGUAAAGCCACUGAGCAAGCUUGGGCCAGCUGCAGGCUCUGCCUCAUGGCCCCUGAGCCCUCCAUUCUUAGGGCCCUGGGACCAUCCCUCCACUGACCCCAGCCUGGAUUUCUGGCCCCUGGGGGUGUAGGAGGCCCAUGUGAAGGCUGAGCCCCAGCCUGCACCUUGGGCUGGGAAUUAUGCUGCUGCCCCUCUGCCCUUCUCUGAGCACUAGCUUCCUAGGAAGGGACCUAGGGUGUGGGCUGCAGGGGGGGCUCACCCUUGGCACCCCAGAAAGUAGCCUCUUUGACAGCUACCCAGCUUUUCCUGGAGAGAUCUGGUGGCCACAAGAGGAUUUUGCACGAUGGCCCUUACUCCUUCAGUCCCAUGCAUGUGGCCGGGGACUCAUCCCAUCUCCAUCUUUGUGUCGGAUCCUGAGUUCCAGAAGUGGGGAAGAGGAAGAGAGAGAACAGGAAAUGGACAGGACCUCGAAUCCAUUAAAGUGUUUUCACUUGGCUAA